GAGCCGCACAAACAGGGCAUGAUCGUCAAGGACCCGCCAGUCUGCUCUCGUUGUGCCGACCGGCCAGACUCUCUCACAAAGCUGGAGCAACAUGUCAGAACGUCGCGGAAAGGUUCAGAAAGUGUCAUGCCUCCCAAAAGGUUGUUAGAUGGAGCAUCUUCGAGAAUAUCACUGACAGAUCCCCUGAAUCCGCAUGCCAACAAGAUUGGGGCUGUACAUCAAAGACAUCGCAUGCAACCUCCUUGGAUGACUCUUCUGCCUUCAAACCGACAUGCAGGAUCAACUCCAUCGGAUCACUCAACCCCAAAGCAACACGACAGUCCACUGCUGACGCAAGGCACAAGAUAUUCCACGCCGUUCACCACACCGCCCCAAUCUCCGAUG